AUGUCGAGUUACAAAAGCUUUCCGACGACACCGAUAGACCCGCGGGACUACUCGUGCGGGAUAUUCCGGUGGCGCCCGGAGUGGCUCCAGAAGUACGCCACUCCCCGGGUAUUCCUACUCGUGUUCGCGCUGUUAGGUGUCAUACAGGGGGCCAACUAUACCUACAUGAUUGCCUCCAUAACCACACUGGAAAAGCGGUUCGCGUUUGGCAGCAAAAUAUCCGGUUUAAUACUCAUGACUGAUAACGCCAUGCAACUGGUCGCAAACCCCCUGUUUGGCUACCUGGCCAAUCGUGUGCACCGGCCCCGUGUGAUAGCCCUGUGCCAGCUCAUGGUGGUGGUGGGUUGUUAUCUGGCAGCCCUGCCCUACUUUCUCUAUGAAUAUACUGCGCUACAUACUAAUACCAACGGCCGGAACAGUAGCAUAACCGCCCUGGAAUACUGUGAUAAUAGUGCCAGUGUUGUGAGUGAUAGUUGUAACGCUACCGGUGCUGGCGAUGGUAGUGGCGAUUAUAAUGCUGGCGGUGCUGUCAUACCCGCUGUUAUCAUAUUUUGUUUGGCCAGUUGUUGCAAUGGCAUCGGAUUCACAGCGUUUUAUAUAAUAGGCAUUCCCUUCAUAGACGAUAACGUGAAUAAGAAAAACUCACCCAUUUAUAUAAGCACUACCGCAGCACUACGAUUAGGUGGUCCCACUCUGGGCUACUUCUUAUCAUCAUUUUGUUUGCGUUUCUACGAGAAUCCGUUUCACGACCCUGGCAUCUCUAUGAAGGACCCCCGCUGGGUGGGCGCCUGGUGGCUGGGGUUUGUCAUACUGGGCACCGGCGUAUUGAUUUGCUCGAUACCUAUGUUUUUCUUUCCCAAAAACUUCAAGACAUCGCCACUACUUAAUCGCGAUUCCUAUAUAACUAUCGAGAAUUCAAACACAAAUUCCGGUAAGAAUUUUAAUAUUCAUUCA